AUGCAACCCAUUUCCUCUGCUGUUCCAGUAGACACGUACACCGCACCCCGUGCGAACACCUCCUACAAGCGCGCGAAUGGCGAGGCGCCCCUCUCUCGUGGCCGCGUCAGCGACAGAGAACUCCCGUACGUGCCAGCGCUGCUGCGCCCGCAGCUACAGUGCUUUUCUGGAGAUGACAUACAUGCGCUAGAGUUGCGGAUAGAGUAUCAGGCGCGGAUUGCCGCGCGCGACCAGCGUAUCAACGCCCGUGCCAACCGCGUCUCCACUGAGGCCCACGCUGCAGUGGAGCAGCGUAGCAACGUGCUGCGCCAACGCGCUGCCCGACAUGCCAAGGCGGCUGGAGAGGUGCGUGUGAAGAAGAUUCAGGAGGAUUACCACGCCAUUGGCAUGCGACACCUGAAGUAG